CUCAGGAACCGUAUCCGAUUAGUCCACUAGUUUAUUUCUCCGGAUUUCAUAAAAUUUGUAUACAUUGGAUCUUCUGGAUUUUCUGAGAGGAAAAGCUGUUGUUGGUCUUGUAUUUAUUUUUCUUAUUUUUCGCAGUUUCUGCUCGUGGACAUCAAAAACAUAUAUUAAGAAUGCAGGGCACUCCACCUCCCGCGUUUCCUUCUCCACCUCCGUGUGUUGUUGAAGAGGCAACACGAUGUUGCUUUUUCAGUAGGAAUAAGAAUUGUAAAGGUAUCGGACUAGUACUAGUAGUAAGUGCAGUGCGAACAAUAUAGCCAUGACAAAUGGAAUUCGUUAUACAGAUUUCAUCCUGUGGGACGCGAGGAGAUUUGUGAUGCAUUUUUGCGGUUUUAUGCUACAUCAAGUCCGAUACUUUUUCACAGCAUAAGGAGACCCCGGCUGAGCACCCUCGACAAAACGCUCCAUCCCAUCGUCCCAGCAACACCUCCAUCGCAUCGUCCCAUCGUCUAUCCACUGAAAAUAUGUUUGGCUCUGAAAAUAUGUGGACUUGUAAUGCUUCCUGUGCGACACACAAAAGUCUGUGUUGCGUGACUACUACAAGUUGCCCACUUUGGGGCAAGUUCAGACGAUGCUUCUCAUGCGGGCUAGGUAUUGUAUAGGAUCUUGUACAGUCGCAGUCCUUGAUGCUACAUGCGCCAUUCCAGACCUCAAGCCGCAUGACAAACUUUGCACUCUUCCAGCCCCAGACAUAUUUGCAAUGCAUAUUGUGUCACCGAGUCCAAGCAGUGAUGGCGAUUGCAAGAUUGAUGUUAUCUUUAUGCGAGUGUGUGCAGAACCAGCCGUCCCGCAUUUGUACAUGAAGGGCAUGAGUAGGAGCACAAGUGACAGCAGAAAAGUAGCUUCCGCCUGACAAAUCUGCACGCGGGUUGUUAUACUGAUGUUUGAGGUUUGCGAAAUUUGUGUUGCAGACAGUGCUUCAACACGAUGUGCGGACUACUUCAUCCGACAUUUUGCAAGAAUACCAAUACAGAUAAUGGGAAGAAAGGGGGUUUUGCACUGUUAUACCCUGCGAGAGUGCAAGGAACUUAGACUCGGGCUCCACAUUAGCCUGGAAGUACGACACGAGCAUCCCCGCUGCGUUAUCAACUGUAAAAAUGUCUGGGUCUGGAAGGUUACCAGGUUUGUCAUGCAUAUUUUGCAUGACUUAGGAUGUCUGAAAUGCAUGACCUAGCAUCACAUAUUUCUAGAGGCGUUCCUGAUGCCAAUGCCUAUCCCGCAUGACAAAUGCCCUCCCCGCGUAGCACAAACUGGGCGCCUCUUGCUGCUCAUGCAAUACAGAUUUUUUUCGAAUCCAAAGUUAGCAUCACAAGUUGCAUUCUUCCAGACCCAGACACUUUUACAUUUCAUAUGCGUACCCGGAGUACAAGACGAAGCCAGAGGUAUAAACUGCAAACGUGUCUGGGUCUGAAAGAGUGGUCCUGUUUGUCAUGCGUCGUUUGCAUCGGACAAAGAAAUGGCCUCAUCCUAGAAUGCGUACAACUACAAACAAGGCACGGCAGGCUUAUGAAUAGCCUUCUUGAACCCUGUCCCGCAUGAGAACCUUGCUCCUUGCGUGGCAUCAACCCAUGGGAAUCUUUUGGCGUUCGUGCAACACAGAUUUUCGUUGCUUGCUCCGGCAUCAGGGUCAGAGGCUUCCAUGCUUUCACACCCAGAUACGCUUACCGUGCAUAAGAGGGUUCGUCAAUCAAUUUCCAGUUCGGGCUAUCACACAGAAAAAAGCAGGCAGGUCAUAUUUGUGACGCAAAAGUAAAUACUGACGCAAAAAAAUCUGUAUUGCAUGGCCCAAACAGCAUGCUAUGGAGCGGCCCUCCAUGACAGAUUUUUCUUAAUAAGUAUUUAUUUUUCCACAUGCAAAUGUGCCCUGCUAGCUUUUUUCUCUGGGAUACGGCCAGCACGUCACAGUCCCGCAGUUUCUCAAGACCGUGGGGGGCGCCCUGCGUGCGAAGGGUUUGCUUAUCCCGUGUAAAAACGUCCCCACCCCAGAGUCGUCCCCUGAAAAUUUGAAGUUUCUCUGUGCUUUGUUUUGGUCUCUUCCAGUACAUAAACACCCCAGAGUUGUCGUGCAAUUUUGCAUGCCAAAAAUGUUCUUUCUCAUGCGGAGCCCUAUGAGAAGCAUUUCCUAUUCGUGGUUUGGAAUUUGUGAUGCUAGAAUCAGCAUGACAUGCUAGACCUGUGAUGCUUCUAAACUAGCUAAAACAGGAUUUCACUACGAGGACAAGCUUGUCAGGCCAAACAACCACAGCUGGGUGAAUUGUCUAGCAGAUUUCCCACCUUGACUCUGGUGUGGGGACGUAUUUAAUCAGGAUAUUGCUGCCACCCGAAUCAUCCUCCGGCGUGCAGCUGACGGUGCACAAACGGUUUUAUGAGGACAGCAUCGCCUCCAAGGGGGAAAAUGCGCCCGAUGCGAAAGUAGUGCAGUACGAAGUGACAAACCCGGACGAAAAGGUGUUCUGGCACGUGUACGAGAAAAAGCCAAAUGGUGAAACGAGAGCACCCGCUUUUUCUGGCGCAGGAAUCUAUGGAGAAGAACUGAUACAGAACGCAUCCGAUGUGACUAUUGUCUUCCAGGUGGGCGAUAGCGAGCAGCCGGGAAGGCGUGUUAUCCGAACACUGACGAGUGAGGGCAUCUUGCAGGAGCCAGACGACCACGAUGAUUUGUACAAGGGGCAACCGCACAGGUUCACGGCACUGGAUACGAGCAUGCUGGCAGUGUGGGUGAAUGUGUACGACCUGACGUCGGGAUCGAGUCGGUUCGUCGGUAAACUCAUGGAGAAGGAGCCGUUCCACAGCGGGAUCGAGUUUGGCGGUAGUGAAUUUCAAUACAGCGUAUCGAGCGAUGAAAUGCGGCCACAAGUUUGGAUACCUUGCUAUCUUCGGGUUCUGUAUGAAAUGCACAAAUGUCUCCUGGGUCUGGAAGAAUACAAACUUGUGAUGCGCAUUUCAGAACCCAGAAAAAAUCUCUCAUGCAUGGGUAAGUAGCAAAAGCUGCCCACUUUCUGCCAGCAAGGAGGGGGAUUUGUCAUGCGGAUUUGGCAUUGCGGAAGCUUCUGGAAACCUGUGAUGCUAGAGCUUCCAUGCCAGAACCCCUGUGUCAUGCAAAAACGGCAUGAGUCUUCCAGACCCAGACAUUUUUGCAUGCGAUAUUCUGAUGCAUACUGCAUUUUCUCGACCACUUGUUUUGCAUGUAGUUCUCCACCUUCCCAGGAACCAUCAUAGUUCUAGUGGGAGCAAAUGCAAUUAAGGCGACACUACAAUUGGCACCCGCCACUUGUGGCGAACUUCCCCUAUCAUCCUCUGGCGGAGUGGCCGUCGAGCGCGUGCGUGCCCAGGCAGCCUGCGGCGGAAAGUGGGUCUAUCGACACAGCAUCCUCGUGGGGUUUGUAUGAAAAGUAAAAAUGUCUGGGUCUGGGAACUUGUCAUGCUGGGGGGCGUCUCAUGACGAGGCUACAAAUGCUGGCUCAGCAUGACAACCUUCUGAGCUCCUAGGUGUUGCCUAUUCUGCAUGACAAACUGCGCUUCUGCAUCACAGAAAAGCGGAGCUCUUGGGUAACGUGCAUGACAGAUUUAAGAGGCAUGCCAGACAAGCAUGACAAACAUGAAUUCUUCCAGACCCAGACACUUUUACAGUUGAUACUUUGUGGACGAUUACGAAACGGCCGCGGAGCUCUUCGACGCGGCGCAGAGGGAUUUCGCAGGGGGUAUGAAAAUCUCAAGCGGCUGCGAUCUUUGCUGUUGCAGGGAAAGAAAAUUUUUGCCUUCGUCCGCAACCCAACGACCGGACUACUUCGCAUGCCAAAACUCUCGAAGGGUGUAAGAAAAUCAUGGAAAUCUGCGCUGAUUCUGUGGUGCGGAAUAUGCAGGCCCUGCCCUCUCCCUGGUGCUAAUUUUAUAGGGAUACGAAUUCGAAUAAUGUAAACGUUUGAGAACUUCAUAGGGCACGGAGAAUUAUACCGGCAUCUGUACAACAACUGCAACACAUAUCCAAUGCAAUACAUCCGGGUCCGGAAAAGUGUGCCCUUGGAGGUCAUGCUGCAGAUUUAGCAUGACGCACCAUCUCUGCAAUGUACAUACCCGAGCACCAUAGCUAAGGUUACUUGAAUGAGAACUUCCUGAUGCCUACUAAUCCCGCAAGAGAUGAAAUACCCUAUCCGCGUAGCAAAAAGUGGACCACUUUUGGUGCUACACCCGCAACACAGAUUUUUGUAGCAUCCAGGGCGAGCCUCACAAAUUUUGCAUUCUUCCAGACCCCGACAUAUUUGCAGAGGAUGACACCUUCACGCUGGCAAUGUGCGACUUGCUGCUGCCCCACUGCAAGACGUAUGAACUGCAAAAGCAUCGUACUAGUAUAAAUUGCAUUACAAAUUCGCCCAGCAUUACAAAUUAAAUCCGUAAUGCUGAUUUGCCUUGAGAAAGAAAUUUGUAAUGCAUAAAUGCAAUUACUACGAGUGCGAUACUUUUGCAGUGGAUAAGACGGACGCCCUGGCCAAACACAUCCAGGGGAUACCGCUGAAACUCCGAGAGACGGUCGGCGAGCGCAUGAGCAAUGCGCUGGAGUCUUCACUGGUGUUUAUGCAGUCAGUAUCAUCCUCAUCGUUAUCCAGAAACUGAUGUGGGACUGUUGUAUAGAUACAUAAUUUCAUCUUCCGGAAACGGGAAACCACUUCAGCUUUUGGAGAUGACAGAGCAAGCUGUUGGUCGACAGCGCAACAGUAUUUUCUUGAGCAGCAAGUAGGAGUACUUUACUUGAUUUUUUCUUACCGAAACAGGAACUUUCCCACGUUGAAAUUGUUUUACAAUGGACGCCGAGCGAAAAAGAAAUAAACCGGUUGACUUCGCUCGUAAUAUUUUUUCAGAAUCUCGAAAGCGACGCUGGAAAAAGCAAUGCUUAUCAGCAGGCUGUCAUGGAAGGAGCCAGUCUUCAUGUGAGAUUUUGCCUUCCGCGUUUUCCGCCUGUGAGCGUCCAGAUCGUACUCAGUCGGUUGGAACAAGUAAAUGCAAAAUCAAGUAGAUGUUGAGCGCGACCACGAUGAUGAAAUAUUGAUGGCUAAUCGAAAUUGUGCAGAUCUACUGCUUCAGGUUCAGUAAAGAUCCAU